AGCGCUCAGAAGAAAAGGAGGAAGCGGGGAGAGAGCACCGCAGCGCAGCUCGUCUACUCAACCGAAGGACAAGAUAACAAAAACCCAAACAAACUAUCGAACCCUCAGCUUGUCGCAACGCCACAGCGAACUCCUCUACCCUGAACUGCGCACGAGGAACGACUUUUACAGUUCCAGAAACGCUUUUAGACACCAGUAACUUGCGUUGGUUUGUUAAAGUUAAAUUAAAGACAGUUGUACAGAUAGCCUAGUCGGAGAAUGGCAGACUCGUCGGCGGCCAACAGCGACGGGGAGGACGGACCCCGCGAGCCCAUGCGGGGCUUCGCGCGCCAGGGAGCCCUCCGCCAGAAGAACGUGCACGAGGUGAAGGACCACAAAUUCAUCGCGCGCUUCUUCAAGCAGCCCACCUUCUGCAGCCACUGCACCGACUUCAUCUGGGGUUUUGGCAAGCAGGGAUUCCAGUGUCAAGUGUGUUGUUUCGUGGUUCACAAACGUUGCCAUGAGUUCGUCACUUUCUCCUGCCCAGGUGCUGAUAAAGGACCUGCAUCAGAUGACCCGAGGGCAAAGCACAAGUUUAAGAUCCACACCUACUCCAGCCCGACCUUCUGCGACCACUGUGGCUCUCUGCUGUACGGCCUCAUACAUCAGGGCAUGAGAUGUGACCACUGUAUGAUGAACAUCCAUAAGCGCUGUGUGGCCAAUGUGCCGAGCCUGUGUGGGACAGACCACACAGAGAGAAGAGGUCGCCUCCAGAUUUUUGCUGAAAUCAAGACUAAUGUACUCACUGUUACCAUCAAAGAGGGCAGGAAUCUGGUUCCUAUGGAUCCAAACGGUCUGUCAGACCCAUAUGUGAAGCUUAAACUGAUCCCAGAUCCCCGCAGUGAGAGUAAACAGAAGACCAAGACCAUAAAGUGCUGCCUCAACCCCACCUGGAAUGAGACCUUUAAAUUCCACCUAAAGGAGUACGAUAAGGACCGCCGUCUGUCGGUGGAGGUGUGGGACUGGGACCUGACCAGCCGCAACGACUUCAUGGGAUCGCUGUCCUUCGGCAUCUCGGAGCUCCAGAAACAAGGAGUGGAUGGAUGGUUCAAGCUGCUCUCUCAGGAAGAAGGCGAGUACUUCAAUGUUCCCGUUGCUCCGGAGGGGGAGGAGGGCAACGAGGAGCUACGGCAGAAAUUUGAGAGGGCUAAGAUUGGUCCAGGCAAGAACACAGAGGGCAAGUCAGCCAAUGCUGCAUCCCGGUUCGACUCCAAUGGCAACCAAGAUCGCAUGAAGCUGGCUGACUUUAACUUCCUGAUGGUGCUGGGCAAGGGAAGCUUUGGCAAGGUAAUGCUGGCAGAACGAAAAGGGACUGAGGAACUGUAUGCUGUAAAGAUCCUGAAGAAGGACGUUGUGAUCCAGGAUGAUGAUGUGGAAUGCACCAUGGUGGAGAAGAGAGUGUUAGCAUUGGCUGGCAAGCCCCCAUUUUUAACACAGCUGCACUCCACCUUCCAGAGCAUGGACCGUUUGUAUUUUGUCAUGGAGUACAUAAACGGAGGAGAUCUCAUGUAUCAGAUUCAGCAGGUCGGCAAGUUCAAAGAACCCCAUGCUGUAUUCUAUGCUGCGGAGAUAGCCAUUGGUCUGUUCUUCCUACAUCUAAAGGGCAUCAUCUACAGAGACCUGAAGCUGGACAAUGUGAUGCUGGACUGUGAGGGUCACAUUAAGAUAGCAGAUUUUGGCAUGUGUAAAGAAAAUAUGACUGAUGGAGUCACCACAAAGACCUUCUGCGGAACACCAGACUACAUAGCUCCUGAGAUCAUAGCCUACCAACCUUAUGGGAAAUCUGUGGACUGGUGGGCCUUCGGAGUAUUGCUCUAUGAGAUGCUGGCUGGACAGCCUCCAUUUGACGGUGAAGAUGAGGAUGAGUUAUUUCAGUCCAUUAUGGAGCAUCACGUCUCCUAUCCGAAGUCAAUGUCCAAGGAGGCUGUCGCUAUCUGUAAAGGGUUGAUGACGAAGCAUCCAGCGAAACGACUGGGCUGUGGUCCGGAGGGGGAGAGAGACAUCAGGGAUCACAGUUUCUUCCGCUACAUGGACUGGGAGAAACUGGAGAACAAGGAAGUGCAGCCACCAUUCAAACCCAGAGCUUGUGGACGGGAUGCCGAGAACUUUGACCGUUUUUUCACACGCCACCCGCCGGUGCUGACCCCGCCCGAUGAAGAAGUGAUUCAGAACCUGGACCAGGAUGAGUUCCAGGGAUUCUCCUUUAUCAACCCAGAGUUCCCAGGAAAUGCUGCUACCCCCUCUGCCGCCGAGCAGGCUUGAUUACGGCUCAUGCACGGACACAUGGAAUCACACACACACAAACAUAUACAUAAUCAUUUUACCCAGUAUCAACCCUGCAUACCCUGGAACAUAUACACACACGCACACACACACCAACGUAAAAUAUCCUGGAAAUGAUUUGUGCUGUCACAUGAUCUACAACUUAAACUGAUACACGGACAUACAGAGUAAGCUUUAAACACAUAGACACACACUUGUUGUUCACACUGCUGCAACCUGUACGAUGUGUCGUGAUCUUCUGAUGAUUAAUGUGCAGUAAAAAAGACAAAUGGCCUGAAUGCAUGCAUGCUAGUCAGUUAAAGUGAGACAUUUAGAUCAUUCGAUUGAAUAUAAACAAAUCCUGUAUUGUCCCGUGCUUCUACGUCAUCAAAAUAUUACUAGUAAGAAAUCAACCUUUGACUUUUCCCAAGCUCUGAACAUUGAUUCAUCACAAGCUUGAUGAAUCUGACUCAUUUCACAUUUGGGAUUAUUUUGAACUUGUGUUGCUCACAGUGUGAACAAAGUGUUUUUGUUUAAUUUACCAGACAUCAUCAGACUUAAGGAUGAUUAGAAAUUAAUGGUGACCAUUUAAUAGAUCAAACAUGAGGGACAAAAAUGUGACUGUUGAUGAGUUACUAACUAGUAAUGCAUUAACUGACACAAAUGCAGUACAUUUACAACCUAACUACAGUAUACUGAAAAUUCCCCCAGAACACACAAAUACAACUGCAAAAUCCACAUCUACAGCGUUUCAUGUUAUGACUUUUUUUGGUGGAAAUUGUGAUCUAACUUUUCUUUUACUCAUUCCUCGACUAUUCCAGCGCAUUCUGAGUUCGGCCCGUAAUUCUGGUGUGCUUUUUAUUCAGUGUAUGAUAAUAAUAGUGUCUGUAUGUUUAUCCUUAGCUAAAACUGGAAUGCUUCACAUACUUGUGCAUGAGUUUCUAUAUCAAUAAUAUAUAGGGCUAUAUGAUAGCCCUGGACAGCAGCAUUUUAGCACCUGAUCCCUGCACCCCUCUGCUGCCAUUGUGAGGCUAUUCUUCUUGGUUUUCAAAAUAUGUAUUAAAAAAAACAGAGUUUGACUUUACCCAAUGAGACAGCGGAAGAUCAGAUUUGUGCCACAAAAGACCACAAAUAUCAGAUUUUCUAUGUGUCUUAUUUGCUGUUCAUCGCUGGGAUCAUGAUGGUAAAAUGCUGUUGGGGAAUGUAGUCUUUAGCUUUGAGUCAGUUAAAUAUAGAUAGAUAAUACUACUUCCUAUACUCUUGAUUUUCUGUAUUUAAGCAAUGAAAGAGACUAGCGGUUUGUGUUUUACAAAAGCAUGAUUCUGAUACCUGGGCGUUUGUUCACAGCGUAUGUAUGUACAUUACGUGCACGUGUAUGAUUUAUAUGUGUGUGAACGAGUACUGUGUAUGAAAACGCACAUUGGCGCUUGCAUAUUUGAAAUGCUUGCCCGUAUCUGUCUUCCCAGCUCCUUGCCUGCCCGUCGUUAACAUUUGUUUGUAUGGAGAAUGCCUGCACACCCCCGUUUGAAGCAGUAUUGGUAUGGUUCACUUUACUUCCAACUAGCAGCUCCUCUAAUGGAAGAAGGGAAAAGAUGGAAAUAGAGAAGAAAAAAGUUUUCCUGGAGGAAUGCAUGUUGAUGCUUACAUAUUGAAAUUGAAACAAUGAGAAAAUAACAAUACGUUUCAGUAAAUGUCAACAAGAGAAUAGUGACACAAGAGACAAUUAGUACUUACUGUGAGUCUUAAUGAAAGCUGUACAUAAGUUGGUGUAGUCUUAAACCUUGUGGUUGAAUCAGCAUUGACGUUCAGGGCUGCAAAUUCCACCUCGAUAGUUCCUGGAAAGUACAAGUACCAGGGAUGUUUUGCAGGUGAGGAUUUAUGUCCUGGAAAUUUAAAUUGAACCCAGUUUCCUGCUUUCAGGUGGAAUACUUGUGCAUUUCAUAAAGUUCCUAGGGCCUGAGAAAAGCUUCUGUGGUAGAAAAAAGACCACUAACUGGAUUUUAAACCGAUAAGCAGACCAAUAUAUCGUGCAGCUCUACUUUUCUGGUCUAGUUUUUUGGUUAAAGGAAUUGAGACUCAACUCACUGUGAUUGGUGUUUUUCAAGUAGCCAUCUGCGUGCGCCAUAAGAAUUUCCAUCUUAACUACAGCAGCAGCAAAUGUGGAGAAAGGUUAAGGCUAGCCCUUCUGAAGCAGGAAAGUGUGUGUGUGUGUGUGUGUUAUGUUUUGUUUUCCCUAGCUAGCAAUAAUGUUGUUAAUGUUAUGACAGGAAGGCAGAAUUGGUACUGAACCGGCAAUCAGGAGACUCAGGUUAGGACUGUAAUUAAUUUACAUAUAAAAAGCCUUGAGGUUAUGAGGCUUAUUGGUAGGCAUAUUUAUCCCGGCCAGAGAGAAAGAUGGGCCUAAUACACUUGAGUGCAGCUAACGUGUGGAAGAGGCUGAAGUGCUGCCUUUUCGUCUUUACUAGUUAACGUUAGCUAGCUAUAGACAGGAGAAAAAAUAAUUCACUGUGCCGCUCAAAGUAUACCUGCAGCUACCGGCAACGUUUAAGACGGAAUGUUUCCUUGCAUGUUACUCAAUGCAUGAGUUGAUGUUGUGAAUCAGUCAACACAUCUGAAAUGUCAACUUUGACCAUUUCAUUUGUUUUUACUAGCUCUCUUGCGUGACAUACACCUUAGUGAUGAUUGGAUCUCAAAGCGCUUCAAAAAUGUAAAUGAAUUUCAACCAGAGUAUGAAAACUGUGAAUAUUCUUUUUCCUCACUUGCGUCCUCUCUGUGCUCCGGCAACACUACACUCACAGUAUCAUACCAUUAAUUCACUUGAACAAACGGUUAUCUGUCAUGCCAACAGUCACUGUGGUCUCCACAAGCAUGACUACUGAUACGGACAUUAUCAUGAAGAUAGUAACUGAUAUCUUAAAAUAUCUACUUCGACUGGAAGUUAAUGGGGGAUCAAUGUAUCUAUGGUGAUCAAUAGCGAAUCAGAAUAUAACGAUUAUUUCAAAAGAGAAACACCGAUGGUAUGUUUGCAAAAAGCAAAGGGAGCGAAGAAUGGCAAGAAUUCAGACUGGUAAGCCACACACUGAGGAAGUUCUCCUUUAGAUGCCUCAUCUUAAGUUUUUCACACAUAAGAUCUUUGUAAUGCACAUCAAUGGAUUGUGUGUUAAGAUGCUUUUUGGUGGCACUGACACCUGGAAGUAAUUUGACAUUUUGAUUGGGUUAAUGGAUGGGGGAAAGUCACUGAUUUAGGGAAAGUCAUAACUAGCUAUCUGGUUAAGGUAGUUCCUGUCUGUUAUCUCUAGUCUUAAUCUUCAGCACAGAAGAGCAGCUUUAGUGCUUUCACAUUUCGUCCACAAUUAUGAAACUGAAAGUAAAUGUUUUUAUGACUUGACGAUGUAAAGCUAAAUCUGUGUCCACUAACUGUGUCGUUCCUACAUUGUUGGUAUUUAUUAGUCAGUGUCUCCUGUAUUAUAACAGUAACAAAUAAUUAUAUAUUCUUAUCCAUAAACACGUAUAAAACGGUGUCAAAUGUUGAUAUAUACAUUUAAUUAUACAUCAUGUGGUCAGUAUUGCAACGGACAAGAGGAGGAGUCUUACUCCAGGAUUUGUGUUCUUGGUUUUAGGAUUCCUUCCUGCUGAAGGAGAAGCGAAAUGAACUCUGCAUGAAAAUGCUUUUGUUUAACCUUUUUAUUACUUAGGAUUUAUAUACAUUUAACAUAUUAGGGUUGAUUCAUGUUUUCUGUGUCAGCAGUGCUUAAAAAGUGUGAUCCAAGCUACUGUCCUGUGCGCUAUGUGUGAAAAUAAUGAAAGAAGAAAAAAGAAAAAAAUGCUUUCCAUGUGCCAAAUUUGUUUUGUUUUCCAGGAAAAACAGGCAUACCUAAAAUAAAGGAUUUAAAAGAUG